AGAAGGAGAAGAAGAAAGCAUUUGUUGUUAUUUUGAGGUUGGGGUGGAUACCUUGUUGGAACAACUGAACAACUGUCAAACUCGUUUCUGUUUUUGGAGUGGUUUCUGAGGGGCCCCUUGUUGAGGGAGUGUCGUUUCCUCACUCACGUCUGACAGAGGUUCAUUCCAUUUCGAAAAUGGAUCCAGCACUGCUUCGUGAGCGUGAGCUCUUUAUGAAAAGAGCUUACUCUACUCCAACUGUUGAGAAGAAACGUAAAGAUCCAGAGGGUCCAGUCAAAGAUGACAAGAAGAAACCGAAGACGGCACCUCCUCCAGCACCGUCGCCUGCUCCUCCUAGAGAUGUUAAUUACAAGAGCAUGUCGGGGAGUACUCAGUACAAGUUUGGAGUAUUAGCAAAAAUUGUCAAGCAUAUGAAACAAAGACACCAGCUGGGUGAUGAUCAUCCUCUUACCUUAGAAGAAAUACUAGAUGAAACCAAUCAACUUGAUGUAGGAUCUAAAGUGAAACAGUGGCUCCUGACAGAAGCUUUAAUUCAAAACCCUAAACUAGAACAAACUCCUGAGGGGGGUUUUCUCUUCAAACCACCGUACAAAAUCCGUGACAAGAAAGCACUACUACGUAUUCUAAAGCAACAUGACCUGAAAGGACUUGGUGGCAUCCUCUUAGAUGAUGUGCAAGAAUCUCUUCCGAACUGUGAAAAGGCCUUAAAGCAUCUUCAAAAUGAAAUUAUCUAUGUUACAAGGCCACUUGACAAAAAGAAAAUCUUAUUUUACAAUGAUCGCACAGCUCAAUUAGUUGUUGAUGAUGAAUUCCAAAAGCUUUGGCGUGGUAUAGCUGUUGAAAGUGUUGAUGAUGAUAAGAUUGAAGAAUACUUAGAGAAACAGGGUAUUCGCUCCAUGCAAGACCAUGGUCCUAAGAAACCUAUGGCUCCCAAGAGAAAGAAGGCCAACAAUAGAAAGAAGACUCACAAGAAACCAAGAGAUAAUGAACAUCUGGCUGAUGUGCUAGAAAAUUAUGAAGAUAAGUAAAUAUUCUGACAUUUUAUUGAAAACGCAACAAAUUGUUUUCUAAAUUGCCUCUCAUAGAGUCUUGUGAUAGUAGGUAGGAGUAUAAAUUUUGUUAAUAAUCUAGCAUAAGAUUAAAGUGAUGUUUCAAAGAUUUCCAAUACAGAAUAAAGUAUCAAUCUUAGAUCA